GUUUUAAGAGAUAGUAUUGCUGAGAUUAGAAGUUCGGAGGAGUUAAUGAGAGUAGGUAGAGACCUGGUGGAUCUUCAUGGACAGAUGGUUCUACUGGAGAAUUACAGUGCUCUUAACUAUAUAGGAUUAGUGAAGAUAUUAAAGAAGUAUGAUAAACGUACUGGUGCUCUUAUUCGCUUGCCUGUCAUCCAAAAGGUGCUAGAGGAGCCAUUUUUUAAAACUGAUGUUCUAAAUAAGCUAGUGAAGGAGUGUGAGACCAUGCUUAGUAGCCUUUUCUCCCAAAAUGAACCAUCUAAAGCACCAGGAGACGAAGAAAGUGGCGGAGGAGAUGCUGGAGGAAGUAGUAGUGGAGUCGAAGAUACAAAAGUAGUUGCAGAACCAUCUGAAGCACCAGGAGGGGAAGGAAGUAGCAGAGGAGGAAGCAGGGUAGCUGAAGAUCCAGAAGAACUUGCAGUUGCGGCCAUUGAAAAGCUCUCUAAAGCACCAGGAGGGGAAGGAAGCGACGGAGUCAAAGAUACAGAAGAACUUUCCGAGAUUGAAAACAAGGGAAACAUGUACUUGAAGCUUACAAAAUCAGCAUUGAGAGUCUUGCAGGAAAUCCGAAGUGGAAGUUCAACUGUCAGCAUGUUCUCUUUGCCGCCACUGGAAAGGAACUAACUGCAUGAGGUCUGGAAGAAUAUUCCAGUUGUAGAACAAGCAGCAAAAUAGUGUUCAAUAUCAUCUGUGAUAUGCUCUACAUAUUGUUGUGUUUUAAUUUUUUCCAGUUCAGGUGUUGUAUAUCUGGAAGCAAUAAGUUCAGUUGUUUUGACUGCGUGCCUCGAGGCUUAAAUAGGGUUUUAAUUUCCAGAGUAUAUUAUAGGCUCUAGGACUUCUCAAGUUGAUUUUUGUAUGUAAAAAAAUUUCAUCACAAUGUGUUACUAUAUUAUUUCUUAUUGAUAUGUCUACCUUUUAACGUG